GCUGCGCUUCAUGAGUAAUCAGGCCGGGCGGGUCAGAGGCCGUGGGAAAGCCGAGGGGAGAGACACAUCAGACAGCAUGCCUCCGUUUGAGAAAACCCAGCACCCAAAGCCCUUCAAACAGAGGAAAAGUUUCGCAACACGAAAGCAAGAAGUGGCAGGAAUCCGCAGCAAGUUUCCAACCAAGGUUCCGGUGAUUAUUGAACGGUACCAUCGGGAGAAAUACCUGCCACCUCUGGACAAAACAAAGUUCCUCGUCCCACAAGAGCUGACUAUGACCCAGUUUGUCACCAUCAUCAGAAACAGAAUGACUCUCAUGCCAAGCCAAGCUUUCUACCUACUCAUCAACAACACGGGCAUCGCCAGCAUGUCUCUGACUAUGGCUCAGGUGUACAAGGACCACAAAGAUGAGGAUGGAUUCCUUUACAUGACCUACGCCUCCCAGGAGAUGUUUGGAUAUUGGGAAGUGGGACCACCUCGAUAGAAUGAAAUGAAGUAUAUAGACUGUUGGGUC